AGUUGUCAUCCAACAAACCAAGCUAACGGCCGAAUGUGAUCUGCUCGUGUACUGUUCUGUGCUCUUUUCGCUCGUUUUUUUGCGUCGUUGUCAUUGCUGUGAAAGUGUUAUGGUGGUAAAAUUAACUUGGUGAUUGCAAUCGCAAGUAUACCUACUAAAAUAAUGGAAGAAGACACAGAAAACAAAUUGGUAUCCUGGGAUUUGCCGUCAGUAGUCGUCGAGAACUUUAAAAAAAAUGAUAUAAGCAAGGAACAGUUCAAAUAUUUGGUUUUAAAUGAUACUUGAAAGAGCUUUGCAAACACAUUGUGCACCGAAUUAAACUAAAAAGUAAACUACAAGAUUACUUAGACUCAGUUACUGAUACUGAAACUGCAUACUUCUUCAAUGAAGAUUUAAUGGUUAUUAAAGCGAAAACAAACUGUAUAGAAGUGAUGCAAGUUGAUCAAGAUCAGUCAGUUAUUCUGAUAGACAUUACUUUGGAUUUGGAUUCCUACUUAAGUGUACCAAGUAGGCUUUCACUGCCAUAAUUUGAAUUGAAGAGUAUCCGCCAAUGUACUCCACAAGUAAAUAGUGUUCUAAAUUAUUAUCAAAAAUACAAACAAUUGAACUCGCAAAAAAGAAGCAUCAUUGUUGAUGUUUUGGUGAAAUAUCACUACACAUUUAUUGUUAACAACAACAUCAAACCAGAAGAAUUCAAUUUGCUAGCUGCAAAAAUAGUUUCACUUUUCCCAACUGAAAGUAUAUAUACCUACUAUAUGAAAGCUGUGCCAACAUGCAAAUCUGCUUCAAGAAAAUAUGUGCCCGCCAAAGGCAAAUUAGUGGACAAGGUUCGAAAUCUCCUGUACAUAUCAGGAGAAAAGUGCAGGGGCUUAAACCCACUUGCUCUAAUAGGGAUUCGGAUACAGAUGUAGAGUCUGUGGAAAAUAAUCAAGGGACUGCUUCAAAUGACGACGCUAUUUGGCUGAAAUAUAAUGAGCUAUGGGACCAAGUUUGUGAAAGGUGGAAUAACACCUUUGAAUUAAGACACAAACAAUUGAAACUGUACAUGAUUUUCUUGAAACCUGGGCCAUUUGAAAAGACAGCAAAGUAGAUACUCUGCAAUGACAACGACGCAAAAAAACGAACGAAAAGAAAAAGAGCACACAAGCAGAUCACAUUCAGCCAUUAGCAUUCAGUUUGUUGGAUGACAACUUGAAAAUGUUCAAAUUCAAAUGGGAUUCAAGUUCAACCCAGGACCUUGUACUUCAUAGGCAGAGUCACUACCCACGAAGAAAGAUACAGAGGCCGUUAAAACACAAAAUAAUUCCGGUGCAGAUUUACCUGCUAUAUUUUUUAAUACCACCCAAAGGCCGGAAAUCUAGGAAAGUCAAAUUCUCAACCACUGAAUCAAUCCAGGGCUUAUUAGUUCAGAUAGAUGACGCCGGAGAUAUCGACAGCGUAAUCGCAGCCCAGAAAGCUAAGGCUGCAGCCCGGAAGGAUACCGUGCAACCCUCCGUGCUCAUACAACGACCGCUACAAAACUUCGCCCAGAUAUACAUCGUUAUUCAUGAUAUCAAAUACCACGUGCAUUCAGCUGCAAAGGCGUUCGACUUGUUGUUUAAGAUUUACCACGUUUUUCACGCCAAGUAUCCCCAAGUGUGUGAGCACCUCCGCGUAAUUAUUCAAAAAAAGUGUAUCAAAUCCAUACGGCGUAUGAUACAGUAGGUACCACCGUAUAUAGUUGACGUUUUAAACUUAGACGUUUUAAUUUUAUUAUAGUAUAGGAUCCGUACUAAGCUCGAUCUUCACCAACGUGUUAACCAGAUGAAAAUAAGUUUCUGAACAUGUCUCCUCAAUAAAAAUGAAUGGUCAAGAUUAUU